GGGAUGCGGGGCGGCGCGCGGCGCUGAGAGACCCGCGUUCCUGUCAGCCGGGGCGGGCCAUGGGGCCGCCCGCGACGCGGCCGAGGCGGCGGCCCCGCGCCGCCCGCAGCCCCAGCUAGAGGCCGCCCGGCCCCCGCCGCGCCGAGCCGCCCCGGGCGCGCCCCCCGCCCGACCCCCGCGCCGGACGCCCUCGAUGCGCGCAUGGAGCGCGGAGCCGGAGCCGGCGGCGCGCGGCCGAGUCGGGCCUGAUCGCGGAGCGCGGGGCGCGGCGAGUUGGCUAGAGACGAGGACCUCGCGCCAAGGGCCCAAUGAGUGGCACACAGCCGACUCUCCCCGACAGGUUUCCCCUCAAAAAACCUAUAAGGCAUGGAAGUAUUUUGAACCGAGAGUCACCAACAGAUAAGAAGCAGAAAGUUGAGCGCAGUGCAUCCCAUGAUUUUGACCCCACAGAUAGCUCCUCCAAGAAGACAAAGUCUAGUUCAGAGGAGAGUAGAUCCGAGAUAUAUGGUCUUGUUCAGCGUUGUGUGAUCAUCCAGAAGGAUGACAACGGAUUUGGGCUGACGGUCAGUGGAGACAAUCCAGUCUUCGUACAGUCUGUCAAAGAAGAUGGAGCAGCCAUGCGGGCUGGAGUACAGACAGGUGAUCGAAUCAUCAAGGUGAAUGGAACUCUGGUGACUCAUUCGAAUCAUUUGGAGGUGGUGAAGCUAAUCAAAUCUGGUUCCUAUGUAGCUCUCACUGUUCAGGGACGCCCUCCUGGGUCGCCCCAGAUUCCGCUCGCUGAGUCUGAAGUGGAGCCACCAGCUACUGGACAUAUGUCUCCCCUCCUGACGUCCCCUCACUCGCCGGGUGCCUCUGGGAACAUGGAGCGGAUUACUAGUCCCGUGCUCGUGGGGGAGGAAAACAAUGUGGUUCAUAACCAGAAAGUAGAAAUUCUGAGAAAAAUGUUACAGAAAGAGCAAGAACGGCUACAGUUAUUGCAGGAAGAUUACAACCGAACACCUGCCCAAAGAUUGCUAAAAGAGAUCCAAGAGACCAAGAAACACAUUCCUCAGCUGCAAGAGCAGCUAUCCAAAGCCACAGGCUCUGCUCAGGAUGGAGCUGUAGUCACAUCCUCCAAGCCUUUAAGUGACACAUUCACAGGCAGUGAUCUCGAAGCAGAGUCUGGGGAUGGACUAGGGAGACUGGACUACAGCAGUGGAGAUGCCUCCCGAGCCAGCAGUGACAAUGCAGAUAGUCCCAAGAGUGGCCUGAAAGAGAGGAUUUAUCAAGAGGAAAAUCAGGAGAAAAGUGAAAUAAUUCAGGAUGCUGAUGCUCAGUGUCCAAUUGGGAGUCCCUCAACACGCACAGCACCACAUAUCAUUGGAGCUGAGGAUGAUGAUUUUGGUACAGAACAUGAACAGAUCAAUGGGCAGUGCAGCUGUUUCCAGAGUAUUGAAUUGCUAAAGUCUCGCCCCGCUCACUUGGCUGUUUUUUUACAUCAUGUAGUUUCACAGUUUGACCCUGCAACUUUGCUCUGUUAUCUCUACUCUGACCUGUACAAACAGACCAAUUCCAAGGAAACGCGUCGUGUCUUCCUCGAAUUCCAUCAGUUUUUCCUGGAUCGGUCUGCACACCUGAAAGUUUCUGUUCCUGAUGAAAUAUCAGUAGAUCUUGAAAAAAGAAGACCUGAACUGAUUCCUGAAGAUCUCCAUCGCCACUACAUUCAUACUAUGCAGGAGAGAGUCCACCCAGAAGUGCAGCGACAUUUGGAAGAUUUUCGGCAGAAACGUAGUAUGGGGCUGACCUUGGCCGAAAGUGAACUAACUAAACUUGAUGCAGAGCGAGACAAGGACCGGGGAACUUUGGAAAAGGAGCGGGCCUGUGCGGAGCAGAUUGUCACCAAAAUUGAAGAAGUGCUGAUGACCGCUCAGGCUGUGGAGGAGGAUAAGAGUUCAACGAUGCAGUAUGUAAUUCUCAUGUACAUGAAGCAUUUGGGAGUAAAAGUGAAAGAACCUCGAAAUUUGGAGCAUAAGCGGGGUCGGAUUGGAUUCCUUCCCAAAAUCAAGCAAAGUAUGAAGAAAGAUAGGGAAGGUGAAGAAAAAGGAAAGCGAAGAGGAUUUCCUAGCAUCCUAGGACCCCCAAGGAGACCAAGCCGCCAUGACAAUAGUGCAAUUGGCAGAGCCAUGGAGCUCCAGCAGAAGCAGCGUCACCCCAAGCACUUACCUGCACCUUUGUCUGUGAGCCCCGAGCCCCAGGACUCUGUUAAGUCACGCCAGAGUGCUUUAGCCAGUGAUGGAGCGGACGCUGGGUGUCUGCCAGCCAAUUCCAUGUCUUCUCUGGCUCCAGGAGCCACUCUUUCCCAGGAAAGCGGGAAAGAGAAUGACACAGGAUCCAAGCAGGUUGGAGAAGCACCAGCCUCUGGAGAUGCCUUAGACUGUGCACCACGUACUCCCAAUACUAUCUUUGACUUCCCACCGCCCCCGCUGGACCAGGUGCAGGAAGAGGAGUGUGAAGUAGAGAGAGUGACUGAACAUGGGACGCCAAAACCCUUUCGAAAGUUUGACAGCUUGGCUUUCGGAGAAAGUCAGAGUGAGGAUGAACAGUUUGAAAACGACCUAGAGACAGACCCGCCCAGCUGGCAGCAGCUUGUGAGCCGAGAAGUGCUGCUGGGACUGAGGCCGUCUGAGAUCAAAAGACAGGAAGUGAUUAAUGAAUUGUUCUACACUGAAAGAGCUCAUGUUCGAACACUAAAGGUUCUUCAUCAAGUGUUCUAUCAGCGGGUGUCUCGAGAAGGAAUUCUGUCACCUUCAGAACUACGAAAAAUUUUUUCAAACUUGGAAGAGAUUCUUCAACUUCACAUUGGACUGAAUGAGCAGAUGAAAGCAGUUCGAAAAAGGAAUGAGACCUCUGUUAUUGAUCAGAUUGGGGAAGAUUUGUUGACAUGGUUCAGCGGAUCAGGCGAGGAGAAGUUGAGACAUGCUGCUGCCACCUUUUGUAGUAACCAGCCUUUUGCCCUGGAAAUGAUCAAAUCGCGUCAGAAAAAGGAUUCUCGAUUCCAGACCUUUGUGCAAGAUGCUGAGAGUAAUCCACUGUGCCGUCGCUUGCAGUUGAAGGAUAUAAUCCCCACCCAAAUGCAGAGGCUUACAAAGUAUCCUCUUCUGUUGGAUAAUAUUGCCAAAUACACAGAAUGGCCUACAGAAAGGGAGAAAGUGAAGAGAGCUGCAGAUCACUGCCGUCAGAUCUUAAAUUAUGUAAAUCAGGCUGUCAGGGAAGCAGAAAACAAGCAGCGUUUAGAAGAUUAUCAGCGUCGACUUGAUACCUCCAACCUGAAGAUGUCAGAGUACCCAAAUGUUGAAGAGCUCAGGAAUUUGGAUUUAACAAAAAGGAAGAUGAUUCAUGAAGGGCCAUUGGUUUGGAAAGUAAAUAGAGAUAAAACAAUUGACCUAUACACUUUGUUGCUGGAAGACAUUCUUGUAUUACUGCAAAAGCAGGAUGACAGGCUGGUGUUACGGUGUCAUAGUAAGAUUCUGGCGUCUACAGCUGACAGCAAGCACACAUUUAGCCCUGUCAUUAAGUUGAAUACAGUAUUGGUUCGACAAGUGGCAACAGAUAACAAAGCCUUAUUCGUCAUCUCCAUGUCGGACAACGGAGCCCAGAUCUACGAGCUGGUGGCACAGACUGUUUCCGAGAAGAAUGUCUGGCAGGACCUCAUAUGUCGGAUGGCUGCAUCAGUGAAAGAACAAUCCACAAAGCCAAUCCCGUUGCCCCAGUCUCCGCCUUGCGAAGGAGACCAUGAUGAAGAAGAGCCUCCAAAGUCGAAAGCAGAGCAUCACGGCAUCUCAGUCACUGCUAUGCAGAGUCCAGACCGAGAUUUGGGAUUAGAGUCUCCGUUAAUGUCAGCGAAGCCUCAGUCUCAUUCACUGGGAACCUCUGGAAAAUCAGAGGUUGACGAUCUUUUUGUGGCCGAGAGACAGUUUGCAAAAGAGCAGCAUGAAGCUGGGACUCUAAAGGAUGCUGGCGGGAAUGACUCGGCCACAGCCCUGGAUCCACACUUGCCUGUCUCAGAGGAGCGAUGGGCACUGGAUGCACUACGGAAUUUGGGACUGUUGAAACAGUUGCUGGUCCACCAGCUGGGCUUGACUGAGAAGAGCACUCAGGAAGAAUGGGUACAUUCCCCAGGAAGCCAUGCAGUGUCUCCGGGGCUGCAGGUGGAUAGCGGAAAUAACAAUGCAGAAAACGUAAAGGCCUAUCAUCCUGGGGAAGGGCAGAUGCCCUUUCGAACUGGAACUGGUGACAUUUCGUCUUGUCAUAGUCCACGGACUUCAACUGAAUCUUCUGCUCCACGGGAUUCAGUGGCACUGGCAUUCCAAGAUAGGCAGGCCAGUCACAUGUUAGUAAUGGGCCACAUGCCCAUGACCCCAGAGAUGCUUCCUGCAGAGCCAGAAGGGGGUCCUGAUGAGAGUGGAGAGCACUUUUUUGAUGCCCGUGAAGCACAUAGUGAUGAUAAUCCAUCAGAAGGUGAUGGAGCACUCAGAAAGGAGGAGGAUGUUAAUUUACGCAUCUCAGGAAACUAUUUGAUCCUUGACGGCUAUGAAGCAGUACAGGAGAGCUCCACGGAUGAAGAGAUCGCUUGCUCUCUUCCCCCACUGCCCCCCGCCAGUCCUCCCUCCACAGACUCCUCCCACCAGCCCCAACAUUCUCCUCCGAACACGCGCUCUGACGGGGCUCUCUCACCCUUCACCCCGGAAUGCCUGGUCCCCACGCGCUGGGGAACAGGGGAGGAGCCCUGCUUUGAGGUCCGGAGUCCUUCCUCGUGUGCAGACCCCCAGGGCCAGAUCAUGAGGUGCAUUCGCAAGAUUGAGGCUGACCUGGAGCACCUAAAGAAGGUGGAGGAAAGUUACACCACUCUUUGCCAAAGGCUGGCCGGAUCAGCCCUCAUAGACAAGCACUCAGAUAAAAGUUAGAGCUGUGUGUCCUGGAGGUGACUGAAGGGGGCUGGACUUUGCGCAUCAACCUUGUGUCACCACAUCCUGGCUCCACUGUGGAUGCAGAGAGAGGGUGUGACAGAGGAUCUACCAGUGACCCCCCCUGGGCUUGCCAGAUCCGGGGCCCCCUGACCGGGACUGGUUCUUCACAGUCUGGCCGCUGCACUAGUCUGGCAGGGAGGGAGAGGCCUCCCCUCACCCUGCCCGCCUCACUGUGGGAAUCGAUUUCGAUUCAGAACAAAAACCAAAUGUAUAGAGCUUUGGAUGUAGGAUAUGAAAUUUUACUUAGGCUUAAGAAAAAGAGAGAAUCAGAUGUAUUUAUUUGACUUCAUUCCGUAUUUGAAAGCACAUUUAAAAGCUUUUUGCCAUGUUUUGUUUUAAUUGAGUUGUGAGUUGUAGCCCUGUGCAUUUUGUACACCCAAGGGUCAGUCGCCCCUGAAGCAGAGGUGGGGAUGGGGGUGAGAAGGCAGGGGGGUGGAGGGGGAGGGAGGAGCCUUUCCCAGCUGUCCAGAGGGCACCUCACAGGUCAAGAGCACCCCUGGCCACUGGGUGGACUUCCUCCCCAGGGGCAGGCACCUCUGCCCUGUCGCCAGGUCCCCUCCACGAGCAGGACUCCUCCGUGUACUAAAUAGAGGCGCUUGAAGAUGGGUGCGUUCUCUUCUCUGGGCUGCUUUUCUAUCGAGGGUUGGGAUUAGGGAGGGAGAGGAAAGCAAAUUUUAUUUUCUUGACUAUAAAUUUGUUAUUCUUGGUGUUUCAUUUUUAUAAUUAUCCAUUAGACUUUGGCACUUGUGUUAAAUUAGCCCUGCAGAGUGAGCAGGAAGCAAAACCAGGCAAGUGGAGAUGGUUCAACUGGUGGCGGGGCUGGUUUGCCGAGGAAGGGGGGUCAAGGGGGAGUGGGUCUGAGAGUCUGAAAAGUUCUCUGACUGAGUCACUGCUGAGUUGAACGCGGGCUCGCACUAGCCACAGGUACCGCUGAUGAGAAGGCCAGUAAAAUUGGAGUACCUGGAAGUUUGACUCUUCAUUUUUGCACUGAUGGUGCCAAAGGGCUCUUGGAGUUGGAAGGAGAGCCCUGAGCUGGAUGGAGCGAGGUGUGGCGGAGAAGGCAGAGCCGAAGUCUGGCUCCCGAAGCACUUCCUUUGACUGCUUCCCCUGCGGGCACUUGCCCCACACCACUGCGCGAAGGGCCUUAGGACCUGCAGCCCAGAGCAUACACUGGAUCCCGGGGCAGCCUGGGCACUGCCCACUCAGCACCAGGAACAGUCUCGUGGCCUCCCGAGGACCUGGAUGGGCCACUCCAGAGCUCCUGUGGUUAUCACCGCCCUCUGUGGUUUUCUCUGUACAUCAGGUAUCUAUGUUUUGGAGGUGUUGUUCCCCCCUCCCCCAAUUAAAGCGAAAUCAUUUGUCAAAUCUUAAAAUUUUGUUUAGGCCAAGGAGUUCAUCAAUUGUUCCCUUCUUUCAGUAGUACUCUCUGAACUCUGUGGCUUAUCAGGAUAUAAUUUCAUUAUUCCUGAAGUUUAGAAUAUAUACAUACACAUUUCUUUGUGUGUGUAUGUGUGUGUGUAUAUAUAAUAUAUAAAUAUGUACCCCUCCCCUGUCACAAGUAAGGAUGCCCAGUCACUUUUGUAAACACCACUACAACUUUAUAAGCUCAUUGGUCUCCAGGUUCCUAUUUUUGUCUUUUCAAAACUGAUUUAUGUUUUUGAACGUUGGACCUCAUCUAUAAAUUAGAAUUAUAUGUUGAGUCUUAGGACAAGUAUAAAUUAAAAUGGGAUAAAAAAUUUUAGAAGCAGAAGCUAAUAUAUAUAUAAGUGAAGCUUGGAACUUGAACUUUCUGUAUCUCUUAAGAGAAGCAAGUAGAAACCAAAUGGUUCCGCUGUGCUGCUGGAAAGGGUGUGACACUCCCAGCCGUUGCUCUGUGAUACCAGGACCAUCAGUGGCAGUUAAUCAGGAGAAAGGGAAAUCCCGAUAGAGCUUCCAUCCCAACUUCACACACUACAAGGUGAUUCCGUGAUUCCUCACACUCGCUUCAAAGGCUUUGUAGGUCAGCAGAGUUGGCUUUCUCCACACCCCGACAAGUAGCUUGUCCUUAGCACUAUUUGCUUGGCUUUUCUCUCCAUGGAACUGUCCCAAGGCCAACUGGGGAGAGAUUUCUGACCAUAGCUCCAGCAGUUCAGAUAAAAUGAUCACCUAGAUUCUCAAAAGAUGCUCCAUGUCACUGACUUGUUCUGAAAAGAUCCCACGAUUUCAGGUGUGUUUUGUUUUUGUUUUAACCUCAUAGCCCGAUUCCUUCCAGUCCUUCCCUCACCUCUGCCCCUUCCGUUUGGUCAUUAGAAUCAAGCCCUUGUUCCUCUGACACCGUCUGUCUGCCCUCAGGAUGAUGGAAUUAGGUGUUCAUCCCGUCUGUGAGGCGUUCUGCUUCCAUCUGAACCUUCUCGAUGCCACAUGCCGAGAGGUUGGACUCUCCUUCUGCAGGGAAAGAUCCCAGGGUGACUGGGCAGAGCAGGAUUGCUGGCUUGUGGCCUCUGGGGUGGCCGCUGCGACCUGUGCCCUCUCCUGGGGCCUGAUGGCUCCUUUGCUGUUAAGUGGGAAAUUACAUUCAAGUGUCUCUUUCCAGUGAGCAGAUUUAAUCAAGGCAAAUCAGCAAGCCACCAAAAUGCUAUAAUUUAACACCGUGAUUGUUCCCUAGAAGCCAUAUGUUUUGCAUACUUUAGAGUCAGCUAACUUGGAUUGCUCGAGUUACCUUCUAGAACAGAAGCUGAAACUCUUUAUUAUAUUACACUGCACAGGAGGUAUAUUUCAUAAGCUUUUUGGAUUUCUUCCCCUCCAAAAAACAACUUCUCCCAACUGUUAAAAAGGAUGAGUCCUCUCUGGGAAAAUUUUUUGAUUUUUCAAGAGUGAAGAGGGAGGAGCUAAUGUGAGAAUAUAGGACAAAAGUCUUUUUUUUUUCCUCCUUACUUUUUAGAAACUAAACGAAAUAAGAAUGCAUCUUGUGAGUUUUUUUUUCCUUGCAUACUGUCUUCCCUUCUCUCAUGCAGGCAUCUGAGGUUAUUGGGGCGGCUGGAGUCUUGGUCAGUAUUUUGUUCCCUGUAGACACAGAGGGCACCAUUGAGAGCCUUGUAGGGCCUCGGAACAGACCCUUGGCAGGGCCCCCAGCCAGCUCCCCCACUGGCUUACAGUGUUUGCUCUUUGUAAAUCACAUUUUCCUUCUGACUGUUCCACUCUCUUCCUAAGUCAUCUAUGAAAUUGUUAUUUCCUCAAGAGUUCCUUUUGCCUUGUUCCAUGCGACUUCCCCACUGGUACUGAUGGUUUGGGCUAUUGACUGGUAGAAACAAACGUGUACCCCCAGAAUGGAGCCUUGUCUGUCCUUCCCAGGUGCCGACUGCUAAGCCAUGUCCUGUGAAGAUGGCGACUGUCAUGUGCACGCCAAUGGGUGUUUUUAAUAAGCCUCUUCCUACUAGAACAAUUGCUCUUCCUGUUCACCAUACAAUCAUGUACUCUUUAACAGAAAUUACUUUUAAAAAAAAAAUCUGGAACUAUCUUUAAAAAAAAACUUUAUUAAUAGUCAUGUAUUUUUACUGAUCACAUUUUGAAAUGCCUAAAAGACUUUAUUGUUCUAAUUAUCCAGAUGUACCUUUGUAAAAUAGCUCUUUUAUGAAUUAGCUGAUAAGGCUGUAUGUUUCUGGAACAAAAAUAUUGGUCAUCUAAAAACUCUGUUUUCUGGGGUCUGGGAAAAUAGAAACUGAGAAUUCAAAUAUUAAAUAUGCUUAAAGGAAACAA